UCAGAAUUUACGUCGCAGUUAAUUUAAAAAUGGCUGAGGUGGAGAGCUCGUCUUCGGGCCCUGCGCUCUCGGAACCACUAAAAGAACCAGAACAAGUGGAACCCGCAGCAAAAAGACCGAAAAUCGAGACGGAAAAGAACAACGAAAAGUUGGAACACCGUCUUGGCGGCAUUCUCUGCUGCGCCGUGUGUCUCGACCUGCCCCGCUCAGCUGUGUACCAGUGCUCGAAUGGACACCUGCUGUGCGCUGGGUGCUUCACGCACGUGCUGGCCGACGCCCGUCUCCGCGACGAGGUGGCCACCUGUCCCAGCUGCCGCGUUGAGCUGUCCAGGGCGUCCGCAUGCCGCAAUCUGGCCGUGGAGAAGGCCGUCAGUGAGCUACCCGCGCCCUGCACCUUUUGCGGCAAGGAGUUCGCCAGGGCCAUCCUUCAGAGACACCAAGAGGAGCUCUGCGAGGAGAGGAUUACAGAGUGCCAGUUCAAACGUCUCGGCUGCCCUUGGUGUGGCCCUCAUCACGAAGCCAAAAGCCACGCCGAGGAGUGUCCGCAUCCGAACCGCUCAGGACGCGAGCUUCUGCCCUUGCUUGAGAGCCUGGACUGCAAAUCAGACGCGCAGGAUGCCAUUUUCAGACAGCUUGUCAAUCUCCUCUCGUUUGAGAAAAUCACCUUUAAUGAUCUGCAGAUGAAGCCAUACCGAACAGAUGAAUUCGUGCACAAGUUGUUCUACGAGUCGGCUCGUUUCACAGCUUUCAACAAUCAGUGGGUGGUCAAAGCUUUUAUCAACACCAAGAACUUGAGGGACCCCACCCAGAGCUCUGAGCGAGACAUGAAUUAUCAGGUGGUCCUCAAGUCGAAAAGCGCUCCGACGCCUCUGACUGUUCAUUACAUGAUCCUGAGCGGACCCUUUGGUGACCUGAAGGUUGGUCCGCGCACUUACGUGGCAGAGUUCUCCGACCAGAACUGCGAAGGGCCUGUUGUGCCACUGCCCAUUCCAGACACCAACGAAUGCAACAGACUGCUCGCAUCCAAGACUUUCAGCCUUAGGCUGAUUAUGUUCUUGGUGUCAAAGUAGACAUCAUGAUAAUACGUGCGGAAGAUAUUAGAGUCAACCGAUCAUGAAAAAUCUUAUUCAAUUUGGCGGCAACUGUGCUUUUUAAAUGAAGCUGAAGAGUUGGGUUUAACAAAAAAAUCCAAAUGUUCAAACAAUAACAAAAGAAGAAUAGGCUGACUGCACCAAAUUUCAUGUGGGCCUCAACAGAGGCGAAAAAUCUCACAGUCUAAGACUUUACCUUUUUUCUUUAUGCUGCUUGUAAGUUGCAGCUUGGGUUUAGAAUUUUUAGAUCAAAAAUAUCUUGGUCGUCUUGACAGAUUUGCUGAUGUGAAUGUGAAAUUAUUAUUUUAACACUUUCUAGUAUUCAAAUACCUAAGAAAAGCUAAAUUUAUUUAUUUUCUACAAAGACUAAAGAAAAUUAGUGCAUAACUAUAUUAAUAUUGAUAAAAGAUACGCUGUGUUAUUGGUUUGUUUAAUUAUUGUUAUUUAAUCAGAGGAGAUAUUUUGCAGAAGUAUAAUUAUUUACUCAUUCACAGACUAACAGUCUGAUAUGUGUUUUACAAUGAGAGAAAUAACUUAAUAAAGCAUAUUAAAUCAUAAGAACGUAUGUAUACUUCAAAGGUUAAUUAUGUUUUGAAUCACUAAAUAAAUACACUGCAGAAAAACGCUACAAAUUCAUUCUGAAGGACUUAAAAAUAUUAUUGUAGAACGCAUAUUAUAUGAAUAAUAAAAUAUUCAAACUCAUCAA